AUGGAUAUGAUUGAGCUAGAAUGCAGAAAACGAGUCUUUUGGUGUGCAUACACCCUCGAUAAUUACUUAAGUGCAGCCUUGGGAAGGCCUCGGACUUUCCACGAGGAUGACAUAGACCAAGAACUUCCGAGCUGUGUCAACGACUCGGAUUUGACUUCAAGACAUAUCCAUGUUGACAAGUCAAAGGCCCAGUCAAUCAUGAUGGCACCCAUCGCUCAUGGGAUGUUAGCUCAGAUAAUCAGCCACAUUCUUCGAGAUCUCUACUCCAUCCGCCCGCCGCCAUCCACUGUUCGUCUUUCUCUAGCAGACAAGUAUUGCAAAGAUCUCGAUGAGUGGCGUACAAAAUUUAGCGGUUUUCUAGAUGCUAAGGGCGUAGAUACAUCUCUAUUGAUACCCCUGUUUCAACGCCAACGAAAUGUUUUAAACCUCUCAUAUUGGCAUGCACUGAUCUUGAUUCACCGACCCUUCUUGUUGCGAGAUUUUGCCAGUCUUUACAAAAGGAAUUCACAUCCCUCGGCCGGCAAUGAUAUAAGCAAAAAUGUCACAAGUUGUUUACAGGCUGCAAUGGAAAUUACUAACAUUGUUCAUCAUUUAAUGGAGACUGGACAAAUGUAUCAGGCAUUUUGGUUCACUCACUACUUUGCAUUCUGUGCAGUGGUGGUGCUCUAUGUGUACACAAUUCAACACCGAUAUCUCCCUCGAGAAGAAUAUGUCAGGUAUUUCGAAGCUGCUGCUCGCUGUCAUUUACAGAUUUCGUCUAGGGCCAAAAAUGAAUCUUUGGCGCAAAGAUAUAGCGUAGUUCUUGAGGAACUGAGACUUGAGGCUAUCACAGACCGUCAGGAGCAGCGGAAGACUUACGGAUCUCAGGCCAUCCAGACAUCAGGUAGCUCCCACCACCCAAAUCGGGAAGACCGCGUUGCUUUAUCCAGCGCGGUCUCCGGUUUCGUGAACAAUGGUGUUACCACUGCUCGGUCAAUCGACGGUGCUGAUGGCGAUUAUGUCGAGUCAAGUCCCUCUGUAACUAUGGAUCCUCUCACCAGCUGGGGUGAAUUUGAUUCUUUGACAAUUCCAGAUGUUCCUCUACUUGCAUAUCCCGGUAGCUUGAGAGGACGAUCAGAUUAUGUUCACUACACAGCGAGGGAUCUGGAUCGAUUUGCUGACCACGGUGCAAAUACAUACUCAUCUAUCGGACUCAUUCCAAAUUCAAAUAAGGAUGCUGAAGCAGAAGUUGUUGCCCUUUUAGCGCCGUCAAAUCUGGAUUAUGUCGCUACUAUCUUCGCCUUGACGCGUGUGGGAUUUGCAGUCUUGUUGCUUUCUAAUAGGUUAGCACUGGAAGCAUACAUUUCUCUUCUCAAGAAGACAAAAUGUAAACGUAUUGUCGCUUCAGAAAAUCACUACGAAGUCGUCAAAUCAAUCCAAGCUGAGCUUGAAGUGUCUCAAUAUCCCUUGUUGAAGCAAUCCCAAUACGACAUCAAAGCUCCAUUAACUCCCCGAUUUUCUCGAUCAUUGGGAACUGUUGCAGAUUCAACGCGCAAUUCUUUUAUUAUCCAUUCAUCCGGUUCAACAGGACUUCCAAAACCCAUUUUUCAAACGCACGCAGCGUGUCUUUCCAACUACUCAAGUAGCUUCGGCUAUCGGGCAUUUUUGACAUUGCCUUUGUAUCACAACCAUGGACUUUCAUCUUUUUUCAGAGCGAUUUACUCGGGGAAAGAAAUCUCCAUGUUCAAUGCCAAUUUGCCGUUGACGGGAAAUAAUUUAAUUGAAGGAAUGAAUGCAGUAAACCCGGAAAGUUUCCAUGGUGUGCCUUAUGCACUGAAGCUACUCGCGGAAUCUGAAAGUGGAAUCGAAGCUUUGCGAAAAUGCAAGUUAGUCUUAUUUGGGGGCAGUAGCUGUCCCGAUGAUCUUGGAGAUCGUCUAACACAAGCUGGUGUUUACUUGGUUGGUCAUUAUGGCGCUACUGAAAUAGGCCAGCUCAUGACGUCUUUCCGCCCACAAGAAGAUAAAGCAUGGAACUAUGUUCGACCUUUACCAUCAUGUGUUCCGUACAUUCAAAUGGUACCACGAGCAGCCAAUACAUUCGAAUGUGUGGUGUUGGAUGGUUUACCGUCAAAGGUCACCUCAAAUUCUCAAGACCCACCUAAUUCUUUCAAAACAAGUGAUUUAUUCACCCCUCAUCCUUCGAUUCCAAAUGCUUGGAAAUAUCUUGGGCGACUAGAUGAUCGUGUUACACUAGUGAACGGAGAAAAAGUUCUUCCAAUUACAUACGAACAUCAGGUCAGAGAGCACGAACUCAUAAAAGAGGCCUGUGUGUUUGGUGUUGGUCGAGCAUUUCCUGGCCUGAUCAUUGUUCCAAGUGAGAAAGCGACUGGUUUAAGCAAAGAAACCCUACUGGAAACGCUCUGGCCAGUGGUAGUUGCGGCAAAUUCGAGAGUCGAAGGGUUCAGCCAGAUUUCUAAAGAGAUGGUACAUAUUUUGGAUGUCGGUGUUGACUAUCCCUGCACGGACAAAGGAACCAUGAUUCGACCUGCUUUCUACAAGAAAUUCGAAGAUUUGAUAGAUUCUAUGUAUCAAAGCUUCGAGAAGCCACUAGAUGUUUCGAGCGGUGCCCUCCAGUUGAAUCGAGAAGAAUUAGAAGAGUUUUUGCUUGCUGUUUUCAAAGAACGAAUUGGGAUUCAGAAUCUCGAGAAAGACACCGAUUUUUUCGAGGCAGGAGUUGAUAGCUUACAAGCAAUCGCAGCACGUGGCACCAUACUGCGAGAAAUUGAUCUAGCUUCAGGGGUACCAAGUCAAAAUGUAGUCUUUGAAUAUCCGAAUGUUCAAGCAUUAGCCGAACAUUUGGAUGCUCUUCGAGGGGGCAAGGCGUCGGAGCAGAAGGACGAGAUCAAGGUCAUGGAGGAACUGAUCAAAAAAUACUCCCACUUCGACCAACAUAUUCCUGGCUCCAGAAUCGUAGAUGGAGAGACAAUUAUUUUGACUGGUGCUACCGGCUCACUUGGCGCGCAUGUUCUCUCUCAACUGAUCCAGAAAGAAUCGGUCAAAGCGGUCUACUGUCUUGUUCGAGCUAGCGACAACGAACAAGCAGAGGAAAGAGUUCGAAAGAGUCUUUCAAGCAAGAAGUUGUCACUCUCGACAUUCUCGAAAGUGCAUUGUCUUCCUUCAGAUCUUAGUGGCCCAAAUCUUGGUCUCGAGUCUUCCGUAAUUCAGACAUUGCGGGAUAAUUUAACAACGGUCAUCCAUUGUGCGUGGGCUGUAAAUUUCAAUCUGGGUGUCCAAAGUUUCGAAUCUCAUCAUAUUAGAGGAACUGUGAACCUGCUAAAUUUGUGCCUUACUGUUCGCACUGCCUCCCCGGCUAAGUUGUUCUUUUGCUCUUCAAUAUCAGCGGCUGCGGGCACACCUUUGCCGGCUACAAUCGAAGAAACAUACAUCACAAAUUUGAAUCAUGCCCAAAAUAUGGGAUAUGCCCGAUCAAAGUUGGUUACAGAAACUUUAAUAGGACAAGCUGCCAAACAGACUGGAAUGCAAGCAAAGGUAUUGAGAACACCUUCUUGGUUACCCGUAGAUAUUGUUGCUCAAGCGGUUCUGGAACUUGCUGGUUUGCAGGAGUCCUCUUCAAACGAGUCCACGCAAGACUCGGAUCCAGAAGACAUCGUCUACCACGUGCAAAACUCCCACACAUUCUCCUGGACCAAUGACCUGCUACCUGCAUUAAAGGCUGCAGGGUUGGAGUUCAGUGUUGUCGGCCAGAGAGAAUGGGUUAAGCUACUAAGGGAAGGCGAGCAAGAUCCGGAUAAGAACCCAACGAUAAAACUUCUGGAUUUUUUCACGGAGAAGUAUGAUAAUGAUAGACCCGGACGACAGGGACUCGUAUUUCAAACAGAAAAAACCGGCGAAAAAUCUGUGGCUAUUAAAAAUGGAUAUGAUAUUGUGGGUAGUGGUAUAGUCAAGAAAAUUGUUGAUAGUUGGAGGAAGGAAUGGUGA